GCCGCGUUUAAGUACUAGUCGGAACUAGGAAACUCUGAAUUUUCGGACUCGCUAACUGUUCGAUCGCGUCGCGUGUAUAACUAGGCUACAACCAUUUAGCGAGUCGAACAUUUCAGAAUUUCCUAGUUUCGACUAACGCGUGAACGCGACAAGACAGACCUGUGCGAGCGGCCUGUUGCUACUCACUACGUAGACACAGUUUAAACUCUGUACUGUCUUUGACGUAGGUGUCGUUUGCCUGCUAGUGGCUUUCACUGUAAAAACAUGGCGAGGUUUAGCGAGCAUGGGAUUCGCCUCAGUUCCAUGAGUCCGUCCUUCCUGAAUAGUAAUUCAACAAGUCAUACGUGGCCUUUCAGCGCAGUUGCAGAACUAAUAGAUAAUGCGUCAGACCCGGGCGUGACAGCCAGGCAGAUCUGGAUAGAUGUGGUGGAGGAACAGCAACAGCUCUGUCUGGCCUUCACUGACAACGGCAGCGGCAUGACCCCCAACAAACUGCACAAAAUGCUCAGUUUUGGUUUCACAGAGAAAGGGUCUGGUAAGGGCAGCCACCAGGCCAUCGGUGUCUAUGGAAACGGCUUUAAGUCUGGCUCCAUGCGUCUGGGUCGUGACGCUUUGAUCUUCACUAAGAACGGAGGCUGUCUGACCGUCGGCAUGCUGUCCCAGAGCUACCUACAGGCUAUAAAGGCACAGGCUGUCAUCGUCCCCAUAGUGCCCUUCAACCAACAGACCAAGGUGCUGGUAGUGACUGAGGACUCUGAGGCCAGUCUGAAUGCCAUCCUGACCCACUCUCUGAUCCACACUCAGAAGGAGCUGCUACAGCACUUUGACUCCAUCCUCUCCAAGAAGGGCACUAAGAUCCUCAUCUGGAACAUACGCAGGAACAAAGAUGGUAAGCCGGAGCUGGAUUUCGAGACAGAUGAGUUUGACAUCCGGAUGCCAGAGAUCCACUCAGAGGAGACCAAGACUAGAGGCAGGAAGAAGAGCUUCCCUGGACCGCAGAGGACUGACCACACCAUCCCAGAGAUGGACUACUCCCUGAGAGCCUACCUCAGCAUCUUGUACCUGAAGCCUCGGACUCAGAUCAUCCUGCGACAGAAGAAGGUUCAGACCAAGCUGGUCGCCAAGAGCCUGUCGCAGAUUGAGAACGAUGUUUAUAAACCCCAAUUCAAUAAAGACAGAGUUAAGGUCACCUUUGGGUUCAACCGUAAGAACAAAGACCACUAUGGCAUCAUGAUGUACCACAAGAACCGCCUCAUCAAGUCCUAUGAGAAGGUUGGCUACCAGAUCAAGUCAUCAGGUCAGAGGGCAGGGGUUGGGGUUAUUGGAGUCAUUGAGUGCAACUUCCUGAAGCCGGCUCACAACAAGCAAGACUUUGAAUACACCAAAGAGUACAGGCUGACCCUGUCGUCCCUGGGGCUGAAGCUCAACGACUACUGGAAUGAGAUGAUGGAGAAAAAGGCGAGAGAACGAGAGUUUCUGGCAGCGGAGAAGAAGAAUGAAGAGGAAGAUGAGGAGGAGGAGGAAGAGGAGGAGUGA